CCUGCCGCCACCGCGCUGCGCGGCCUCGCCGCCUGCUUCCGCCCGGUCUGGGCUAGACGUCGUUGCCGCCCGCGACUUCAUCUCUGCUGCUGCUAUUCUGGGUGCUGGGGAGCCUGCGAAGGGGGAAGCGGACAUGAAGUCCAUGUCAGAAGAGCCAGUCCCAUUACAUGAAGAAUUUAUCUACUGUUGCGGAGCUGCUACCCAUGUCUUAAAGUGUGGGCCCUGGAAAGACCUCUCAAAAGAUGAAAGUAAAAAUCUACCCAGGCUCUUAUUCAUGAUUAUUCCUGGUAACCCUGGACUGGCAGGUUAUUACAGAACCUUUAUACAGGCCUUAUAUUGUGGACUAAACCAGCAGUAUCCUGUUUGGGUUGUGAGCCAUGCUGGACAUUGUAAACCUCCUAGUGGCAUGGAAAUGACAGAAGACACAGAUAUUAAGGAGCUAGAGGAUGUUUUUGGACUUAACGGACAAGUAGAGCAUAAGCUGAACUUCCUCAAAAAGAAUGUAUCAAAAGAUAUAAAGCUGAUACUGAUUGCUCAUUCUAUUGGUUGCUACAUUACACUGGAGAUGAUGAAGCGAGCAUCAGAACUUCAGGUUCUUCGCUCUGUGCUGCUGUUUCCAACAAUAGAGCGUAUGGCUCAGUCCCCUCAAGGAAAGCUCAUGACCCCUUUGCUGUGCAAACUUCGCUACAUUCUGUACAUGCCUGUCUACUUGCUGUCCUUCCUGCCAGAGGGAGCCAAAGCCUCCCUGGUGCGGUUUGCUCUGCGGGGAAUGAAGACCUGUGAUGAAUCUUCCAUAAUAACAUCCUUAAAUCUCUUCAGCGUGGACUGCAUUGCCAACAUCUUAUAUAUGGCAAGCCAAGAAAUGAUGAAGGUUGUGGAGAGAGACAGUACAACCAUAAAGCAAAACUUAAAGAAGCUGAUUUUCUACUAUGGAACUGGAGACAGCUGGUGUCCACAGCAUUACUAUGAUGAGAUCAAAAUGGAUUUUCCAGAUGGGGACAUUCGCCUUUGUGAGAAAGGGCUCCGCCAUGCCUUUGUGCUAGAUGCCAGCAAGGAGAUGGCUGCCAUGAUUACAGACUGGCUACAGGAUGACCUGACCAAAUUGUAAACACAGAUUCAGUGAUUAACAAGAAAUUGGUGUAAUUAUUUUGUGAAUGUGUAAUUUUUUGUGAGAGAGUCUGUCCUAUUAUUUUUCUGUUCAUUGUAUAUUAUGGCUUGUUUUACAUUAAGAUGUUUCAGAGUAAGCUAAUGAGAGACUGGCUGGUCCAAAGUAUAGUUUUAUUGAUUCAGUAGUGAUGUACCUUCAUCCUGUGUCUUCAGAACUCUGCAGGACUUGGCAAAGGGUGGAAUAUUUAUUGUCUGCUAACACUCUAGACAGCACUGAUUCACUGGCUACAAGUGUACCUGAGUUACUACCACCUGACUCAGCUGCUGGAGAACUGUCAGGGAUGGGCUCAGGGCAGCACAGCUGGCCUGCUUUGGAAAGAAACACCAGGGUACUCUGUAUGGAUGGGAAUCUCCCUCUGGAUGGAUCCUGGCAGUGAAUCCUGGUAUGCUGUGAAAGGCCUGGCCACCUCCACGCAUCUAAUCCACCACAUAACCCUGGUGCAUGACAACCAGAACAGCCCACAGCCCCAGGACAACCCAGUGCUGCCUCCUCCAGGUUAGAUGGGGUUGGUGGUCACCCAGAGGUCAGGCUGAGUUCAGGAUGAGUACAGGGGAACUGCAUAAGAUGAGGUGUGCAGUUUCUCCAAGACUCAGAGGGGGCUUAAGAUGCUGCCAGGACUCCACAGGGUAUUAAAAAUGCCAUAAGGUAACUGUGGCUGCUCAGCAAGGGAAUGCAUAUAGAACUUUGGUCUGGAAUGUGGCCAAGUGUUUCAGUUUUCAAUUGACUGUAGAGAAGGUAAAGGACACUGGUCAAAUGUGCCAAUACUAAAGUUUAAAAUGGAUUGCAGAAUCCACACAUAACUACUUACAGGUGGCUUAGCUUUCCUAAUGAAGUCCAUGAGAACAUUGCUUGCUCAGCAACUUUAAAGAAUUAAACCUGUUUUGAUGCAUGCCUAAAUUUCAGUUCUUUGCUUGAAGGACUGAAGUAUGGAAUUUUCUGCCAAGCCACAAAUUAGAUAAGUCCACUGUGAGAAAAUGGCUAUUACUCUGCCAUGGUUGCACCCCUAAAAUGGCAUGAAAUGUUACUAUUGAGAACCAUAUCUUUGCUUGUAGCACAUUGUUGACAAGUACACUGUUCCUCACAUUUGUUCACCCUUCUCCUUCACAGGUAGCUAGAAACUGGAAAAAUCCUGUAAGUUGUGAUAACAGAAGAAGUUGCAGGCGAUAGCUAGAAAUGAAAAUAAUGUAAGUAAGGGGCACAGAGCCAAGUGUAAUCACAAAAAGCUUUCUAGCCAUGAACCUGUGAAAUACAUUCUCUGUGGAGUUCAUAGAGACAUUUAUAAAUAAGUGAAACACUACAGAAUAUAGUCAGGAGAAGUCCUUCCUUUUCCAAACACAAGAAUUUAGAUCAUGCAUUGGGUAUCUUAACUUAUGAUUUAUUAAGAGUUUUAAUAUGGUAUUAAUGAGAAUGGUACUGGAGAAUGUUCUCUGGGAUGCAGAAAGACUGAUUAAUUCCUUCAUCUUUUUUUAGGUUAUAACCACACCUUCCACUUCUGUCUAAGUCCACCUCAAAUCUUUCACUAAUAUUUAGAGUAUUUUGAAUUCAGUUUCUGGAUAUUCUGAACUAGUUCUCAAACCUGCAGUCAGCCAGUGAGUUUAAGUGACCGUCUUCACAUCAGAAACUGCUUUUGAGACUAGCCAGUGGAUUUUCAGAUUCCACUGCUGUGUAAUGAAGCCGAUACUGAUGUCUGAGGCAGAAACAUUGAGACCACAGUUGCAGCAGCACAGAAAGGAAUGAGACACGUUCAGAGUGAAGGGACUGUGCCCAUGCAACUGAUUCUGUUUAUGGGAGAGUCAUAGGACAUUCUUUCUUCCUACAGGGUCAUAUUUGGUCAUGAUCAAAACAAUUCUUGCUCUCACUUUAGAAAUUAAUAACUGUAGGUGUCUGUGCGUGUUUCAGUAGCCCCCAGAUGCUGGCAUGCAUUCCUGUUGGAUGGCCUUAUGGCAGAUGCUAAAUGCAUCUGUUGGCCUAGGUGCUCCCUGGGGCAGAGUGAGGGGCCGGGUGUUCACGAACAUGGGUAUAGAUGUAUGUACACAGACAUAUAUACACAUAUACACCUGUUUAUCUGUUAGCAACAUAAAAAAUGCAGUUCACUUGGUUAGUUUGGAUUACACAUCAAAUUGAUUGAACAAAACAUUUUUUCUUCAAAGUACAUGGAGUCAGGUAAUUAAACAAGGACUCAGUUUGUAAAAGCUCAGCUGUUGUAGUGGAUCUUUUGAGGACAGAAAAUAUCUUGCAUUAACCAAAGAUGACAAGUGACUAUUAAAGCCUGGAAGCACCUAUGAGCAGCAGUUGUUUACAGUGCAUACUUUGUAUGGGGAAUUAAUUUUGCAAUACUUGUAUUUGACUUGUGUAUGCCUUUUAUACAAAUGUUAAUCCAUGCUAAUAAAUCCUACUGACUUCAUUAGGACUUAAACUGAGAUUCGAUCUGGUCAGUGAUGGUCAGAUCUACUGCAGGAUAAUGCCUUACAAUUUUCUUAAAUUAAUUUUCUCUAAGAUUAUCCAAACCUAUCAAUUCAAUUGCUACCUUCCUCCUAAAGCUGUUUCUGUAAGGCAAAGAUCUGAAAAUUUGCUACUCUAAUCAUUGCAAAAAAGCACAGGUCUAGAUUUCACAGCUGUAUUUCCUAAGAGGAGCAGAUCUCACACAGUGAGAAACCAGCUCCUCCGAAGCCUGUGGUGUUCAUCAUGACCCCAGGCAGAAAGUGUCAAAAGUGCUUAUUGUCCAAGUGUGCCAACUUCCCAUGAGAACACAGUGUGGUCUUGCUUAUUUUAGACUAUUUUAGAAUUUUUGGGAAACCUAUCACAAAUGAAUUGACUGUAUGCAGUAGCACAUAAUCUGUCAUUCACAUUUGUGCUUAAUUCUCACCACACGAGUAAUCCUGCUAGCUUCAAUGACUUUGACUCACGUUCAAGUGUUUUGCUAGAUCGAUACCUUUUAUGACAAAGUACACAACCCCAAUAACAAAAAUAAAGAGGUUUAUGGUAAAAUGUAA